AUGUCUGAGGAGCAAAUUCAGACACAUUUCGACGAUUUUUAUGAAGAUUUUUUCACAGAACUGUGCAAAUAUGGAGAAGUUGAAGAAAUGCAUGUUUGUGAUAACGUAGGAGAUCACUUGAUCGGGAAUGUUUACGCUAGGUUUAGGUAUGAAGAGGAUGCGCAGAAAGCGGUUGACAACUUGAAUCAAAGAUUUUAUGCAGGACGACCGAUCUAUGCUGAACUUUCUCCAGUUACCGAUUUUCGAGAGGCGUGCUGUCGUCAAAAUGAAAAUGCCGAAUGUACCCGAGGCGGAUUUUGUAAUUUUAUGCACUUGAAAGAAGUAUCCCGGUACUUAAAGAAGGAACUGUUUGCAGCUCAAAGGAAUUAUCUACGUGAACAAAGACGGGCUCACAGAGAAAGAAGUGAGGAAGAAUCUCGACGCUCAAGAAGUGCAUCUGAAGAUAGAAAUAGGGAAAGAUCCGUUGGUCGGUCGAGGGACAGAUCGAAGGACAGAGAUCGAAGAAGUUCUCGCCGAAGUCGCCGUGAAGACCGUAGGGACAGUUACCCAGAUGACUAUCGAUAUGAAUACUAG